CGCGCUGCUGCGGGGCUGGUCAUGUUGGUGCCGCCGCUGCGGGGGCUCGUUCGCCGCAGCCUCGACGGCGCUGCCCCUUUCUCUUGCUGCUGGCCCCGCCAAGGGCCUUCCCUCGCCCCGCGAGGCUACAGCAGCGGCGCGGGGCGCAAGGGCCUUGUCUUAGGAGUCUAUGCAAAAGAAAAAGAAGAGGCAGUUCCUCAGUUUACUAAUGCCGGAGAGACUUUUGAUAGACUGGUGUCUGGAAAGCUGACAGAGUUAUUGUCUAUAUCUGGGCCUCCUUUGAAGAAAGGCAAAAUACGCCUAUUUCAUGGCUUGCAUCAGGAUUUUCCAAGUGUUGUAGUUGUCGGCUUGGGUAAGAAGGCUGCUGGAGUGAAUGAUCAAGAAAACUGGAAUGAGGACAAAGAAAAUAUUCGGACAGCUGUUGCAGUUGGAUGCAGACAAGUUCAGGACCUGGAGGUCCCUUGUGUUGAAGUAGACCCCUGUGGAGAUGCUCAGUCUGCUGCAGAAGGAGCUGUUCUUGGGCUAUAUGAAUACAAUGAAUUUAAGCAAAAAAAGAAACCCGUAGUUACUGCUCAGCUACAUGGAAGUGAUGGCAAGGAGGCCUGGCAGAAAGGUGUCAUGUUUGCUGAGGGUCAAAAUCUGGCUCGCUAUUUGAUGGAGGCCCCGGCUAAUUAUAUAACACCAAUGAAAUUUGCUGAAGUUAUUGAACAGAAACUCAGAAGUGUUAAUAGCAAUGUGAAGGUCCAUAUAAGGUCAAAAGCAUGGAUAGAAGAACAACAGAUGGGAGCAUUCUUGAGUGUAGCUAAGGGCUCAGAUGAGCCUCCAGUCUUCUUGGAGAUUCACUAUUCAGGCAGUGCUAAUGCAAAUGACUCUCCAUUAGUGUUUGUUGGAAAAGGCGUUACCUUUGAUAGUGGUGGCAUUUCACUUAAGCCCUCUUCAGGUAUGGAUGAAAUGAGAGCAGAUAUGGGAGGAGCAGCAACUGUGUGUUCAGCCAUUAUGACAGCAGCAGCACUAAAUCUACCUCUUAAUAUAAUUGGUUUGGCACCUCUCUGUGAAAAUAUGCCCAGCAGUAGGGCAAACAAGCCUGGAGAUGUUGUUAGGGCCAAGAAUGGGAAAACAAUCCAGGUUGAUAACACAGAUGCAGAGGGAAGGUUGCUAUUAGCUGAUGCUCUCUGUUAUGCCCACAAUUUUAAUGCAAGGGCCAUUGUGAAUGCUGCGACGUUAACAGGUGCCAUGGAUGUAGCAUUAGGAUCUGCUGCGACUGGAGUUUUUACGAGUUCAUCUUGGCUUUGGACUCACCUUUAUGAGGCCAGUAUUUUGACAGGAGACCGUGUUUGGAGAAUGCCUCUCUUUGAACAUUACACAAAACAAGUUACUGAUUGUCCACUUGCAGACGUCAGUAAUGUUGGAAAAUAUAGCAGGGGCAUGUUUCUCUGCAAAGAAGGGUGAGAAUGGGCCAGCUUCACCAAAGAAAAGCAGCUCUACCAUCCUAAAAUGAUGCAACCAGCAUAUCUGGAAGCUGGGGAACAGAACACCAGUACUAUCACCACACAUGUCUGGGAGAGGGGUAAUAUUAUGUUUAAACAACCGCAGGACUCUGUAAUUCUACCAAACAUUGAGUAUUACUGUGUUCUUCAAAUGCGUGUUAGUGUGGAUCCCCCAUAGAGGUACAUGUGCCUUAUGUCACAAAAUAAUAGUCUUUUGAAUACCGGGGGCCAUGCAUGCACCUUGAGCUGCCUCAUGCUCUUGUCUGAGUGCAUAAAGGGCAGCCACAAUUCUCCAAUAGUUUUCUCAAGGAUCUCCUGAAUACUCACCCACCUGUCAGCCAGCUUCUGCAUGGAAUCUCAACAUUAUUCUCUGGAAGCUCAUGGAGCAUCCUCUCGAGCUGCUGUCUGAUUGCUUGGUAUAUCAUCUUACCCUCAGGUGGCUGUUGCCUCAGAAGAGAAUACUAAUGAGUUCCAAGCUCUCAGGGCUGGAUCUCCUUACAGCUUCUUUCACAGGGACACAGUUAUGCUGAGACUGCACCCUAAGUUCAUCCCUUAAGUAGUCUCAAAUUUGGCCUAAAUCAGUUAAUUAAUUUACCAGUCUUGUUCCUGAAACCACACUCAACACAGGGAGAAAAGUUACAUACUCCAGAUGGGCCCACAAAGAGGUGGAGUGACAAUGUGACCCAUCAAAAUACAAAUAAAAUCGGGACAUCUGGUCACCCUACCUUCGGUGGAUCCACACUAAUUAAAACAUAUUGAAGAACCCCAGUUGCUUGAGAGUAGCUAACUAUUUGGUGUGCAUUUUAUUGUUGACUUAGAGUUGUUAAAGUUUGUAAAAAUCAACUUUUUUUCCCUCCUCUCUCUCUCCAACAGAGCUGGAGGCGCAUGCACAGCUGCUGCCUUCCUGAAAGAAUUUGUGACUGUGGCUAACUGGGCUCAUUUAGAUAUUGCUGGUGUGAUGUCAAA